AUGCGCAUCUACUCCUUUGUUGUCUUGUCUUCUGCGGCUACUGCGAGGAUUACUGCCACUACUGCUGUGGAGCAAGCUGACUCGAUCAGUUUCCAAGAUAACCGUCUCGACGACGUCAAGCAUCACGUCGGCAGCCUUCGCGAUCCAGCGUUGACAAAGGGCGGAGCUAGCGAUCAUGAAGCGAGGAUGGACGUCCCCAUUCUAUCCAAAAUCUGCGAAGGCGAAGCCUUUUAUAAACGCAUUUUGGUCGAUCAUAGAGAAGGACCUUUCGGAUCCAUUGAUGACGCCGUAAGGCUCAUUAUAAAACACCCCGACCCAAAGACCUGGGACGAAUUGGCAGCUUAUUGCGUGACGAAAUUCGGAGGAGGAGACCCGAUGAAGGCGCUGUGUAUAUUUCUGAAGCGGCUCUAUAGGAUGAAUGGAGUGGAUGAAGCAAUUGGUCAAGCAAAUUACAGGCAGGUGUCGCAAGGCUUAAAGAAAGUUCAACGGGCUUGGUACGAACAUCGCUUGGUUGAGGUACCCGUUGAUCCGCUACCCGUUGUCCCGGCGGUCGACUCUUAG